GCUUUGCUUUCAAACCCAAUUACAUCUCAUUUAUGUUACAAUUUAUUUUUGUUUAAAGAAGUUUAUUAUUUUCCAAACAAGUUAUUUUUGACCAGAACCAUAACAAUUUUGCAAAGAGGGACGCCUGUAACGGUUUUCAAUACAUCAAGUAUAAAAGUAUCCAUUGAAAGGUUUAAUAGCCAGUCAGUUAGAAACGAGAUGAGCGAAAUGAAUGAUGCUCAAAAAAAUCGGAAAUCGAGCACUUGUGCAAGUGUGCGAAGUUAUUUCAGAGAGUAUUGUGAAUCCACCAGUAUUCACGGAUUCAAGUAUUUGGGCGAGACUGAAAAUCGCCCGAUCUGUGAAAGGCUGUGGUGGGUCAUUGUUUUUAUUUUUUGCCUAUCGGGGUGUUCCUUCAUGAUUUACAACAUUUACAAAAAGUGGGACAAAAGUCCCGUAAUUGUCACAUUUGCCACGAAAGAAACCGCAAUUUACGAAAUCCCCUUUCCUGCAGUAACGAUUUGUCCUGAAACCAAAAGUGAUAAAAGCAAAUUUGAUUUUGCAGCCGCUGUCAAACGCAGGAAACAAGCCACGACGAACACGAAAGAAAAGAAAAUAUUAGAUUAUGUUUCAUUCUUCUGUGACGAUUUUACCGCAAGUGAUAAUAAUCUGCCUCUGGGCCCCGAUUUUUUGGAAAUAAUAGAUGAGGUGAAACCGAAUUUUCUUGACCACGUUCACAAUUGUAGUUUCAUGGGGAAAAAAUUGAAUUGUCGCGACAGUUUUACUCCGGUUUUUACAGACGAGGGGAUUUGUUACUCCUUUAAUAUCCUGGACCGGAGUCAGAUUUUUAGCGAUUCAGUUGUUCAUUUUAAGAAUUACCACAGAACGGGUGAAAAUAAUACGACUUGGUCCUUUGAGAAGGGAUAUUUGAACAAAUCGAAAUUUGAUGUUUACCCUCGACGUGCUUUACUAGCUGGAGCUUCAAAUGGUCUUAGUUUACAGCUUACAACUCCGAAAAAUGACAUCGAUUACGAAUGCAAAGCUGUGCAAGGCUACAGAGUACUUCUGCACACUCCAAUGCGAAUGCCACGCCUGAAAGAAGAAUUUUUCCGGGUGCCCCUUGACGAAGCUGUAGUUGUUUCAGUCCAACCGACAAUGAUCGGAACCUCUGAAGCCGUCAAAACUUACAACAUCGCCAAACGCGACUGUUGUUUCCCGUCUGAAAGAAAACUGAAAUUUUUCAGGGAUUACAGUCAAUUGAAUUGUCAAUUGGAGUGCUUGACGAAUUUCACGUUGGACCUUUGUGGAUGCGUUAGCAUUUUUAUGCCGAGGGAAAGAGAAACAGCAGUUUGUGGCACGUCUAAAUUCGAGUGCCUGAAAGAGGCUGAAAGGACGUUACAGACUGAAGGGCUUUAUGAUAAAUUUCAGGAGGGGGGCGUCCAGGGAGGGACUGACUGUGAUUGUAUGCCCCUUUGUACCGACUUGAGCUACAACACGCAAAUAUCGCAGACUAGUUGGGAGAAACGAAACGAGUUUGGAAAAUCCUCGACUUAUUUAUCUAGUCUAACAGUUUACUUCAAAUUUAAUCAUUUUAUAACAAGUGAGAGGAACGAGCUUUACGGCCCCACGGAUUUCUUGGCGAAUUUUGGAGGAUUGCUUGGUCUCUUCACCGGAUUUUCGAUUUUAUCGCUCAUGGAGAUAAUUUAUUUUCUCACUUUGCGUAUCUGCUGCAACAUUAAGAUGUAUAACAGAUGGACUGGGAUUAAUAAACAGUGACUUUAAUUUA